AUGACUCCCUACUCGACGCAGCCGCAGCCACCGCUGCGCUCUGCUGCCAGCCAGACCUCGUGCCGCAUCUCGAGCAUUGCCGACUUCCAUCAGCUCAACAGCUUUGACUUUACCGAAUCGCCUGUUCAGGAACACCCCUCCAACCAGCCUGCUCACUUCAACAACAAUCCCAACAGGGCACAAACCGACGGCUACUACUACCAGGGCCCUCACGGUAGUGUGCGUCACCAGCAGUAUAGUGGCCCUCAGCGAGCAGCCAGCGAGGGGUACUACUACUUUCAUGGGCCGGCUCCCCAGCCUGUCCCGAGGCCAGCGAACAAUGGGCAUAGCUUUGUGAGCGCGCCCAUAGCCUGGGCUGGCUUCAAUGGAUAUACGGGAGCAUCUGGAUAUGCACCAGUCAGUACUCAGCCAGACCCGACACCUCAGAGACUCUGGCACCAUGGGCCGACCCCCGAAGAACCAGCCUGCCCCCCAGUUGACCUUACCACUGUUCUUGGCCCUUCUACGAAAGCAGACGAAGACUUUCUCGAAGACAAACCAUCCAGGCCAGAUUCGCCUCCUCCCCAGCCAGUUAGGAAGCAGUCAACUCUACCCCUCGCCGGACGUCCAGCCCCUCAGCCAAACUGGAAACCCUUCUCCAUGCGCUGGCCCUACCUCCUCUUCCUCAUCCUCCUCUCCCUGGGCUUCGCAGUCGGGGUCGAGAUCCUCUACCGCUCCGCCAGAAAGAAACCCCUUGUCACCUUUCACAGUCCCUCCGAUAUCCCCCCACUCGACUACUUCUGCGUCAAGUUCCUCCCCAUGAUCUCCGCCGUCACCUACGGUGUCCUCUGGCAAAUCACCACCUACGACGUGAUGCGUCUCGAAGCCUUCUACCAAAUGUCCAAGCCCGGCGGCGCCCUCGCCGCCGAGUCCAUCAAUGUGGAUUACAUUACCCAGUUUAACCUCCUCCGCCCCUUCCGCGCCCUCUGGCACAGGCAUUACGCCGUCGCGGUUGCGACCACCGCCGCGCUGUUUGCUAACACUUUGGUGCCUAUGUUGGGCGCGGCUUGCUUGCGUCUCACCCCCGACCGGGAAACACGCAUGAACAAUCCUGGCGUAGAAAAGUCGGUCCUCGUCCACCACGUCUGGUCGCGCCUGCUCAUUGUCGUGCUCUGCGUCAUCGCCUUCCUAGGCUGCAUCCUCUUCAUCCAGCUCACGACCCGCCGCUCCGGUUUGCUGGGUGACGUGAGAGGCAUCGCCGGCAUAGCCGCCAUGGCGACCGCCGCCCACAUCCUCAUGGACUUCCGCGACAUGGACGUCGCCACUCACCAGGACAUUCACAACCGCCUGAAACACCACCGCUACGUUUUGGUGAAUAGCUCCAUCGCCCCGGACGAUAACAACCCCCCUACGCAAAGGGAGCAGGACCGACACAACAAGGCCAACCAUCUCUCGCGCAACGCCCAGCCGAUGAUGCUGCGCAAGAUAGGCAUCUUCCCGUUUGUGGUGUUCCUCGUCGGCUUUACCGUCCUCCUGCCGGCAGUUCUCUUCGUCCCGCGCUUAAGGGUUUUGACCGAGUCCGUCCCCUGGCUGAUGACCGCGUUAGCAGUCAUCAUAAAAUUCAACUGGACCGCGCUAGAAACCGACGUCCGCAUGACUGAGCCGUAUUACAUCCUCUGGCGGCGGCAUGCGCCGCCUAAGACGCUGACGCUGGAUUACAAGGCCAUGCCGUUUGGCUUGGUGGCUGUGAAGGGGGCGAUGAACCGGCACUGGGUGGUGUUUUGCGUGGGGUUUGGAACCGUGCUGGCGGAGAUCUUGACGGUGUUGGUGACGAGCUUGGCGACGGUCGAAGGGAGGGUUUUCAUGAAUGCCUUGGUGAAGAAUGGGGAGUCCGGAGAAGAGGAGAAGAUUAAUGCCGGGCAGGAGACGGUGCCGUCGUUUUGGAUUUCGUUGGUGCUCGCGCUGGGGAUAUUGAUUUUUAUGGCGGUGACGGGGAUCGUGGUUUUUUUUAGACGGGGGAGGCAUGUAUUUUUGCCGAGGCAGCCGAAUACCAUUGCGUCGGUGCUGGCGUAUAUUCAUCAGAGUAAGAUGUUGGUGGAUUUUGAGGGGACCGCAAAAUUUAGUAACAGUGAGAUGGUUGAGUGGCUGGAGAGGAUUAAUAAGACGUAUGGCCUGGGAUGGUUUAUUGGGCGCGAUGGGCAGAGGCAUUGUGGUGUCGAUGAGGAGGAGUUGAAGAGUGGCUGGAAGAGGGGGUUUAAUUAUGCGGAUGCGACGAGGCCUUGGGAGGAUUCGGUUACUUGGUUGUAG